AUGAAAAGUAAGCCUGAAAAUCUAAAUGAAAUUCAGAAGUAUUAUGAAUUUAAUGAUGAUGAUGUAUUUUAUGAUUUAUCAAGUCUUGAAAUCAAAGUAUCUCUUAAAGAAAAUGUAAAGGCAGAAAAGGAUGGAAAGAAACCUACCUGGCCACCCCAAGCCUCAAAGACCAAAGAACAAAAGUCUGAAGCACUCUCAAUCACAAAAAAAAGUGGCUGGAAAAUAAAAACAAAACAAAAAAGAAUGAAGAAGAUAAAACUCAAAUUAAUGGAUAAGGGUGUAAAAUUGGAAAAUGGAAAGAAUAUAAGAAUAACACAACAAUUUCAAAUUGAGGAAGAAUCAUCAGAAAAAUCAACAGACAAAAGAAGAUACAAAGAUGGGGAAAUUCCUGAAUUAUAUUUUUCAAGUAAUUCAUGGGAUUAUAAUUCUAACAUAUUACAUUGCUGUAGAUCAUGGAGAUUAGGAGAUUGGGCAAAUUUAAGAGUAUUACAAUCUAAGCUCAGAGUACCAAUGACUGAUACAGAUAUAUCUCUAUAUAGUGAACUCAAAAAAAAUCUAGCAAGUAUUGCCCUUUCAGAUGUAGCAAGAUCCAGAGGCAAGCAUGGUUAUUUCUGA